UUUUAAAUUUUUUGUCAUUGUUUUUGCGAUAAGGUCAUUUUCGAUAUCCGAAACUGGGUGCUUACAGGAGACGAAUACUACUCCCUAAUUUUGAAAGUGAAAAAACUCUGGGUGAAUGUUUCUUUAUAUACAUGGACUUUUGACUGCAUAGCUUGAAUACAAAUUGAAUAAGGACAAAAAGAAAAAUCACAUACACAUACUAAGCAUUUUGAUGAUCUUGAUGGACAAUGCACGAUUUUGAUCGUAAAUGACUCUAUCGCAAGACUUUACCGCUGGAAAUUUUUGAAACACGGCAUCCGCCAACUGGGUGGGUAAGGCUUAAUUUCUAUCUUGCAACUCAAGAAAUAUUAAUAGCCGUUAGUUGAAGAGUAGCAAACCCAAGAACAAACCCUCUUAAUUUACCAUGUGUGCCUCCUGGCAGCUGGGCGACUAUUAUUUCGAUACCCAACAAAACAUUCUUCCAAGCUGUGAGAUUGGAAUCAAGCAUACCCGAGAACCAGUAAAAGGCCUUCAAAUUAUAUACUCUUUCGACACGUGUUCGUCUUACAACUCUUGUGACCCCACACGCCGAUUAAAAAUUGAAUCACGUGAGGUCAAACAUUCAACAUAUAGAAAAAUAGUGAAAAUAAUGCCAAAAUCUCCUGAAUUUCCCUCCUCAUGCAGCGGCGCCACUUUGAUGCUUCGAAUCUUCCUUUUAUACUUCCCCUAUUUACAGAAGAACAAUUUAAAACAACAUUUAACACUAGCUCUUGUGUAAACAAAAACUCAAAAAUCAGGCAAAAAUCACCAGAACCGGAAAAACAAAAAUGACAGCCACAAGAAUCUCACGUUCUUUUAGGCCGAUGAGUCAUCUUCAUCCUCCCGGACCAAAUUCUUCUUCUGUUUCGGCGGUGAAAUGCAUUGCCAACAAGUCGCCGGGGUUGGGCGGAGAAAAGAUGCUUUCAGGAGAUCAUGACGAUAAAAAGAAACAGAAAGUAUCUGUAAAAGCAGCGGCGGCCAUUGCAGAGUGGUUGAUUACUUCAGAGCCAGUGGUUGUUGAUCGGACAUUAAUAGAUCUUGCUUCUUUGCUCGGAAUUGUAGGCAAUGCGCUAGUUAAGGUAUUGAGACCUGCUGUGAAACGAAGGCCGCAGAAAUUGCAGGUUCAGAUGCUCAUUGAAAAGACCAUAAUAGACUGCAGAUUCUUUACAUUAUUUGCGGUCGGAGGAUCCUUGCUUAGUUCAGUUUUAUGUUUCGCAGAGGGGUGUUUUUUGAUUAUAGAGUCAUAUAUUCAGUAUUUCAGUUCGUUAUCUCAUCAUUCAGAUCAAGGACAUAUAGUGCAAUUACUUAUAGAAGCCAUAGACAUGUUCUUGGUAGGAACAGCCAUGCUUCUUUUCGGGGUUGGGCUUUAUGCAAUCUUUGUGAAAUCAAAGAGUUCAAAAGAAAAUGGAAAAUGGCUGCCAGAAUCAAACUUAUUUGGGUUAUUCUCUCUAAAGAGUCUUCCAACAUGGGUGCAAGUGGAUUCAGUUUCGCAAGCCAAAUCAAGAAUUGGGCAUUCUGUAAUAAUGAUUCUUCAGGUGGGAUUGCUGGAGAAAUUCAAGAACGUAGCUCUUGUUACCAGUUUGGAUCUGGCUUGUUUCGCCGGAGCUGUCCUGGUUUCCUCAGCUUGUUUAUUCCUUCUCUCUAAACUUUCUGAUGGCAUGUAGAUAGCAAAUAGCUGCCGAGAAGAAAAUCAAAUAUUCUUUUGUUGGUCAUCAUACAUAAAAUGUAAUAUUCUUUUGUAAAUGUUGCAACUUGCGAUGCAGUCACUACAACUUUGAUCUGA